ACUGCAUUUGUCAAAAAUUUGUCAAUUUGCUUGUUAGAAAACCAAUUAAAAUAAAUUUUAGUUGGAUAAAUAUAUAAACAAUUUAAAAUUAAAUUUACAAUGGGUGAGAGUUCAAGUGCCUCAAAAAAAGAUGAUGACCAAGAAUUACAGCAAUUUCGAAAUCUGCUAUGGGGUCAAAAUAUAAAACUCGAUGUAUUCCGGCGAUGGUCACAAGGCUUCGAGUUCAGUGAGGCGGAACCGUCUGCUCUUGUGCAACGACAGGGAGGCCCUUGUGCUGUUAUUGCUCCAGUGCAGGCAUACUUAUUGAAAAUUCUCAUGGAUACCCCCAAUCACUGUCUGAAAGAUUUGACUCACGAUAAAUGCAAACAAGUUCUUAUACAAGCGCUUUGUAAUAUUCUUGAGAAGUGCAAAGAAACCAAAUUUCGAAUUGUUUCCCUUCACGAAGAGGCUGUAGAAGCGAUGGAAUCCUCAACAGGAGCACCAGAUGAAGAUGGCAACGUGAAUACAUCUGCCGAUACAGAUGAUGCUCCAGAAGCCGCUCUUGAACGGCUACCAGAAAACUUCCACAAGAACCUGUCAGUGAUUAAUCUAGAUGAUAUAGAUGAUGUAUCCAAAUAUCUAUCCGAAAACUUUCGAACGUUAACAGCCGACUUUGGUGUUUUACUCUUUAUGUAUAGUGUCCUCUUAACGAAGGGCUUUGAAAAUGUCACUUCAGAGCUUUCCGACACAUCAGAACCUCUCAUUCACAAUACCUAUGGCUAUGGAUCGCAAGGUCUUAUAAAUCUCAUGUUAACUGGUCAAGCUGUUGCUCACGUUUGGGACCACGAAGAAGAUAUUGGUGGAUUAAAACUACGUGGUAUUAGUGAACAAAGUGAAAUUGGUUUUAUCACUCUUAUGGAACAAAUGCGCUACUGCACUGUUGGAUCUUUCUACAAAAAUCCAAAAAAUCCCGUCUGGGUGAUGGGUUCAGAAACGCAUCUUACUGUAUUGUUUAGCCAUGAAAAGAGAUUAGUUUCACCAGAAACUUCGUCAGAAAUAGCUCGAAGGAUAUUCAAAUCAUACGACCCCGAAGGAAAUAAUUUUAUUCCAGCGCCUGUUCUACAAGAUGUCUUGGCGUCGUUAGAUCUAGUCAGUGAGCCAGAAUAUGUCGAAAUAAUGGUGAAAAAGCUUGAUCCCGAAAAUUUAGGCAUAAUACUCUUAAAUGCAUUUAUGGAUGAGUUUUUCCCUGUUGAAAAGCGCUCCACACCAGAUACAUUUGAUUUAUUGCAUUAUAAUGGAAUCCCUGGAUCAAAUGAGGGCAAUAAAGUGCGUUUCAAUAGGGGAUCAGCCGUGAUGUUAGAAUGUGAUUUAAAAUCGGUGUGUGUUUCGAAUCCAAUGCUUACGUGUUUGCAAACAAAAUGGCCAAAUAUUGAUGUGAAUUGGAGUGGCUCGAAAGUACCAUCGUUAAAUUAAUUUUAAUUUAAUUAGGAAUAUGCAAAACAAAAUAAAAAAAAAAAACAAAUUUAAAAUAAAACAAAAAAAAAGAACACACUCACAACAAACAAAAAACAAAACAAAAAUUGGCAUAUUAGUUUCGAUAACCUUCUUAAUAUUUAAAAACAACAAAACGAACAAACAAAACAAAAAAUAGUUAAAUGCAUAGUAUUUUCUUUUUCCUCAUUUCUUAACAAACUAAUAUUUCUAGAAAAAAUGCCAAAUAAAGCAGAACUAGUGUUUCAAUUUACAAAGCAAUAUUAA